UGUAUGCAUGUGCGGGAGACCUGCCGAUAAUGAAUUCAGGCUGUUGCGCGAAACAAUGGCGAUUCGUUUCAAUAAUAAGAAAUUAGAUUGUCGAGAUGAAACGAUGUACAGAUUGAGUUGUGAGGGUGGAAGAAGAUGGACAAGCCAGGGGCUCGCACGGCAGGCGCAGAUGAUGGCUCUUUCCCGUUAGCCUGCGUUUCUCCCACGCGUCCAGCUCCAUGCAACAAUUAAUCCUGCACCCAUCGCUCUCAAGACUUCAACGGACAUCAUUCCUAGGCCCAGUAUCUGACGGUAUUGACUGGCGGAGCGGCACAAGAUGGAUACUCCUCAUACCCCUCUCCCGGCGCCGAUUCUCCACCAUCUAAGCUCCUCGCAGUCCAUGCGCGUGCUCUGGGCGCUGGAGGAACUGGCUAUCCAACACGGACUCGAAUACUCCGUGAAAUACUACAAGCGCCAACAGGGACGCGCACCAGCCGAAUUGAAGCAAAUAUUCCCUCUGGGAAAGUCGCCUAUACUAGAGAUCCCCGGCGUAGAGGUAUACCGUCCCCUCAAGUUUGUGGGCAGCAGCGGCGAGAUUAAGAAAACGUUGAUCACUGAAUCGCGUCUUAUCCUUCAAUUUCUAUCCGACAAAUACUCCAGUGGCGAAUGGUUACCCAACGAUGAAGACAAAGACCGUGAUAUCUUUUUCCAAGAGUUUGCGAAUAGCACGCUGAGCGUGAUUAUCGAUCGCAUUACUUAUUUUCAGAUCAUUCCGGCCAAGUCCCCUUGGAUUGCGAAACCGCUGCUGUAUCUCAUCUUCAAUCCAAUUGCCAGCAUGUUCAGAAAGAACGUGGACGAGCCAUUUGAGCUGAUGGAGCGUGCAUUAUCAGACGACAAGCCGUGGUUUUCAGGAAAGGACUUAGGAUUGGCUGAUCUGAAUAUGAUAUGGCCGAUAGAUUCUGCGCAUCAGAAAAAGUACCUCGAUGAGAAGAAAUAUCCGAAACUAGCGAAGUGGCUGACGAAGAUUCACGAGAGGCAAGCGUAUCAGAGUGCGUUGGAGAAAGGGGGUUCCUAUGAUUUGGUAGGGUAUGAUUUUUAGAUAUUCAAUCGAAACACAUGUUCAGACAACGUGUGCAGCAGCCAAUCAGAGUGCAGAACAUCUCGGACUCUGGAGUGACACGCCGACAACCG